AUGAAAAUUGUUUUAAACGUUGUCACACUGAUACUGUUCAGGCAAAAAACUUUCAGUCAAAUAUACGUAAGUAUAAUAGUGCCGUUGCCUUUGCUUCUUUUGGAGCAAACCUUCGCCCCCCCACCUGGCCGUGGACCACCAUGCUUUCGUAUCUGUGGUCAAAUAUGGCAUCGUGUUGGGGGUCUUCACCCUCCUGAAGGACAAACCCCUGUUUUUAACCAACUUUAUAUUUAUGAAGCAGGUAGGGCUCUCAACGAAAGAAUGGCACGCCAAGAAAAUAAUGGCUGUCGUGAAGACGUGAUGCGAACUGUUCAAGAUGUUAUAGACAGAGUAAGCCCAUUUGCUGCUGCCUAUAGGUACAUGGCUGAAGUUGAAGCUGAAGAAUUAAAUCAGGCAGCAGCACAAAACCGUGCUCCAUCUAGAGUGCGUAUGUACAUGAGAGUUGGCAAUGACCGAAAGCGCUACAACUUGCCACAUCAUGAUGAAGUUGCAGCAGUAUUUGUUGGCCAAGAUGGAGCACCUCCUGGAAACAGGGAUGUUGUUAUCUAUCCGCGUGGAGGUGAUUUACAGAAUAUUUCCACAAUGUCUGCAAACUUGGAUCCAAUGGUGUAUCCUCUUUUUUUUCCAAGGGGUGAACCAGGUUGGCAUAAUAGGAUACCUCAUGUUGCUGUACGUGCAACCCGUACACGCAACACUACUACAAUGUUGCAGUAUUAUACUUACCGUUUGGCUGAUCGGGAAUAUUUCAGCCCGAUUCAUUAUGGUAAGAAAUUGUUUCAGCAGUAUUGUGUUGAUUCUUAUGGUAAAGUUGAAGGUAAUAAUUUAAAUUACAUUCGAGCAAAUCAAACCAACCUUCGUGUUGAUAGUUAUGAAGGUUUAGCUGACCAUUUGAAUGCACGAGCUGAAGAGCGAGGCCUUCAACCAGGUCGUAUUGUUGUUCUUCCUUCGAGUUUUCAAGGAAGUCCACGUGCCAUGGCUCAAAACUAUCAAGAUGCUAUGGCAGUUAUUGGCCAACGUGCACACGAUCGGCCUGAUUUAGUUUCUCGAGUUUUUAAAUUGAAACUAAAUGAACUCCUUAAAGAUGUUACUGAAAUGGGAGUUCUAGGUUAA